AUCUCUGAGACAGUGCACCACUACCGCAAUGGAGAGGACCUGUACGGGGAGCAGAUGGGGGCAUAUGCCGGGAGGACAGAGUUGGUCAGAGAUGGUCUCUCUGCUGGAAGCCUGGACUUGCGAAUCACAGGACUGAGACCCUCUGAUGAUGGCCAGUACUUCUGCACUGUGGGAGAUGCUGAUGCUUAUGCUGAAGCCAUUGUGGAUCUGGAGGUGUCAGAGAAACAAGCUGCAGAGCUGGAGAAACAAGCUGCAGAGCUGGCAUGGAGAAAGUUUCUGCUGCCCUCACUAUAAAGUGAAGGUGAUCCUGGAUCCGGAUGCGGCUCAUCACAUGUAUGUCCUGUCUCAGGACAACAGCAGAGUAAGACUGGAAAGUGAACGGCAGCAGAAUCCUGACACACUGAAGAGAUUUGACGAUAGGUGCUGUGUGCUGGGCCGUGAGGCUUUCAGAGAGGGGAGGCACUGCUGGUUGGUGGAGGUGGAGGGAGAGCAGAUAAAGGAUUCAGUGUGGGCUGUGGGGGUGAUCAAGUCUUCUGUGGAGAGAACGGAAGGGGCAAUGACAAGGUUUUUCGGAGACAAAUGGGCUGUGCAGUACUAUGAGAGGAAGCUCGUGUCUCUCACAUCUCCUCCCACUCCCUUGUCCCUGUCCCCUAUCCCCACGAGGAUCUGGGUCUGUCUGGACUAUACCCAGGGGCAGGUGUCUUUCAUCAACGCUGACAAUGGGGUCGAGAUCGUCACUUCAGCAGCCUCCUUCAAUGGGGAGAGCAUCUACCCCUGGUUCUGGAUAAAGACACCGGGAAUUCAGCUGUGCCUGAGGGACAGCACCCCCCAGAUCUCGUCCCCAGCCCUGGGGAGCUCCGGCCCUUCUCCAGACACUCCUGCAUCACCUCUCCUUGGUCCUGCAGGACCAGCACAGGAAUGAGGGGCAGUGGGGACAGGGGCUGCCCCCGUGUUCCUCCCUGCUGCUGGAGGAGGGCUGGGAUGCUGCAAGCAGGGGCCAGGCCCCUUGCAGCCCCUGGGCUUUGCCCUGCACGUGGCUCCUGUGCUGGGGCACAAGCCCUGCUGGCACCCACGGGUC